AUGGGAUCUAAGAAUCUCUACCAUCGACGCCUUGUUGCCGAGUCCGGCGCGAAAGCAUGCUGGAUCUGCUACAAACCAUCAUCAACCGUCCUCAUAACUCCGGACCAAGAUGACUGGUUUCAUAUAUGCCCCGGCCACUUGAAAGAUCGCAAGUUUGUGCUUCCGAAGGAUGAAGAGGACCUGGCAGAGAAGAAGCGGCAGGAGGAAUUGGAGAAGGAGAUUGAGGUGGUAAAGAAGGAAUUCGAGGAGAAGAUGCGCAAGAAGCUGGAUCGCCGGCGGCAGAAGGAGUAUGAGAAAGAGGGCAAGAAAGAGGAGAAGAAGGAUGAGGCCAAGGACGACGAAAAGGAUGAGAAGGAGAAAGAGGACAAGUUGAAGGAGUUGGAGAAGAAGAAGGAGCCCGCGAAAGCUGUUGUUGAGGGUCCGCGAGUGUUUGAAUUGCACAAGAACUUCUUCCAGAUGCGCCAACAGAAGAAGAGGGAUGCUGAGAUGGCGAAGAGGCAGAGGGAGAGAUUGCGGAAUGGUUCUGCCUUUCCUGCAGUACCUGGGGGUAACUUGGGGUAG